ACGUAUUCUUCGAAUGAAAACAUUUCAUUCUUGUUUGUCGAAUAUUGAAAAGGGCAAAUAAUGUUCAUGAGCGUCGUGAGGACCAAGUAAAACGCACUCUAGAAGUAAGAGUCUGAAGAGCUGGAAAGGGUAGUCGAGGUCUGAUCGAUCGGUGACCGAGUGGACCUAACCUGUUACGAUGUUGAUCCGCUUACCGACGAACUGGACUCGCGAGUUCGCGUCGAUCGUCGCGUACGAUCGUUCCCCGCGGCCGGGACUCGUUACGUCCAGGAUGAUCCGCAGGAAACGCGCCGAGAGGAUCGCCCGCGCCGGCGGUGAUUGAGAUCCCAAAUUGCCGUAUUAACCUUAUCGUUGGCGGUGUCAUGCAUGUUGUGACGUAAAUAGAUACUGCUGUAACGAGAGUUUAAUAACAUGAGCAAGAUCAGAUUGGGCUCAGAGUAUAUUCCGUUGACGGAGGACGACAUGUCGAAGGCCCGUCUCGUCGUGCCGUUCUCCAGAGUGGCAUGGUUCACCGUGUUCUUGCCCUUCUUGGCGUUCAUCUUUUGCGUCGCCUGGUCGGUCCUUUAUAACUUCGAACACUCCACUUCCACUCAUUGUCAGGUGUACAAUUUUUUACCAUCUAUCUCAGCAGCCAUAGGUCACUAUAGACCUCAGAAAGAUGUAUGGAAGACUGCUGUAGCAUUGCAAGCGUUAUUAAGAACCUUAGUAUUUACACUGUAUUAUCGUUACUACAAGGAGCAUGUUUAUAAGUGGGCAGAAUUUCUAAGUAAUAUUGCGCUCGUUAUGUACGCCAUUGAAAAUACUUCUCUGGUGACACUGAGCUUUUGGACUUCCAACGAAAAUUAUGCGUUCCAUAAGAUGUCUUUCAUAACUUUUUUGAUAACGUCAUUUAUAUACAUGUUCAUAGCGUAUUAUAUUAUGAAAAAUUGCCUGAAUAUUGCAAAAGGCUCGAACGAUGCUUCCUUAAAGUGGAAACGAAGAUCAAUGAUGUUGAAUGUGAUAUGUAUAGUAAUAGCAUGCUAUUUCUUUUAUAGACAUAAUAAAUAUUGCGAACCCUUAGUGUAUUCAAUGUUCGCUUUAAGCGAAUACGGAGUUGUGCUUUCAAACAUGGGAUACCAUCUAACUGCUGCAUUGGACUUUGCUACCACACGUCUUAUGAUAUCAGGAAACAAACUUAGAAUUAUCUAAAAAUUUUUUUAAUUACAGUUUUAUGUGUGCGUAUGUGAUAACUGUUACAUAUACUUCAAUUUAUACUUUUAUUAUAUAUUAUUAUACAUUUUCUGAGAUCUUUAUAUAUUAUAUCCCCGUAGAAAACAAUUUAUUAAUUAAUUUGUACAAAACUAUGAAUUACAGCUUUUAGACAGCAUGAACUCAUUACAGAUAUUAAUGUCAUAUAUUCAUCAUUAUAUGUAGCAGCACAUUUUUUAAGGCACUUUAAUUAAUGCUAAAAGGUUCCAUACAUAAAAUUUUGUAUAUAACAAUCCUUUUUGCUA